CACACUGACAGUAAGAAAGCCAUCGCCAUCUGCGCGCAUUCAACAUAGCCUACAUUUACGUUUGUAUUACUUCUUAAAAUAACUUUUUGGGGCUCUCAUAAGCUUACAAUUAUGUUUUGAUUCUUGCUUGAACAGUCGCUAAGAUUAUUUGGUUGUGAUAGUUGCAAAAUUGCUAUUUUGGAUGCAGCAGUUGUUAGCUAGAAUGCUAACGCUCAUUGAUAUUGGCUAUAGCAAAAGCCAUUUUACUGGUUGAAGGUGAAGUGUUUUUUAAAAGUAUAAUGCAGGUGAUUUGCGAUGACACAAGCAUUAUUAUUAAGCAGGACAUUCAUACAAGGUUUAAAAUCCAAUUAUAAUCCAAAAGUAGUAUGAAAUGCACUCAUAAGCAACAUGUAAAUAUAGGCUUUUUCCCCCAUGUUCUAUAAGAACUUGAUCCCCUUGAUCUGCCACUAACUUUCGCGUAUCGCCAUCGCGAGGCAAUGUUUGCAAACACAGAAACCUGUCCAUAGACACCUUUCCAGUGACAUCAUAUCAUACUAUCCUCUCUCAGCCAGCGCUCCAACCAGCAGCCGAGGAUUGGCCAAUGGCCAGAUAGCGUGAGCUCUGCUCACCGAUGUGCUGUUCCUGAUUGGACGGUUCAGAUACAGAGAGGGCGGGACACCAAACCUGCGAACCCGAAGUUCCUACCUAUCUCAUUAUCAUAUAAUAUUUAGCAUCCUCUGAAACCAUCUGAAAUGUCUGGUGGAAUAAUUGUAAUGGUUUUGAAUACUUUUCUUUUUGAUUAACGAAUAUAUUUGAAAUAUUACGAGGCCUACGAUCUGCUAAAGCAACUGAAAUAGGAUGCUCAAUUGUCUACGCCAGUAGAUGGAAUAUUUGCUAUUUUUGAAACAACUGUUGAACUGUGAUAAUAUUUUAUUGCGUACUUUAUUCUAUUCCAUGAUCUCGGCUACUUUUUGUUUUUGCAAUUUAGUUUCAGGUUAUAGGUUAGGAAACAUUCUGAGCAGUGUUAAUUUAUUGAAUGAGUUAGCCUAAUUCAUUUCAAGUAGCCUAGUUUAAUAAUAGAAUAAAGAUGUGGACUUUUCUUGGAAUUGCAAGUUUCACCUACAUUUAUAAGAAAUGCGACGCAGUUUUGGAGUAUGCUCACAAAGAGAUAAUCCUGGCGGCUGUAGUGUUCUUGGCAGUGGGUAUGCUGCUAUCCUAUGUCAGGUACCACGGACAUACAUGCAAGGUACCCCAAAUUCUACAAUUACCGCUGGAACUUUUAUUAUCCCUACCGGUCAUCAAUACAUUUAUACCGAAACCCUCAGCUGUCAGGCACAGGAGUGGAGAGAGCGCGUCAACGAAGGGAGGUGUCAGGAGGAAAAGAGUGUGUUCCUCAGCCAUGGAGAGCCCCCCAGCAGCAGGGGACUCUCCUGCAUCUCAGGAGCCGGAUGUGAUCAUAGUAGGAGCGGGAGUCCUGGGGUCGGCCAUGGCUGUAGUGCUGGCCCGGGACGGCCGGAGGGUCACUGUGAUAGAGAGGGACCUGAAGGAGCCUGACAGGAUAGUGGGAGAGCUGCUGCAGCCUGGUGGAUACAGGGCUCUGCGAGAACUGGGAAUGGAGGAUUCAGUGGAGGGGCUGGAUGCCCACGUGGUGAACGGCUAUGUGAUUCAUGACAUCGAGAGCAGCACAGAGGUGGAGAUCCCAUAUCCCCAGGCAGACAGCACUAUCCAGUGUGGCAGGGCCUUUCACCACGGACGCUUUAUCAUGGGCCUGCGCAGAGCCGCCCUCGCUGAACCAAAUGUUACGCUCAUAGAAGGCACCGUGUCCAGCCUGGAAGAAGAUGAUGGCUGUGUGACAGGAGUGCAGUACAGGGACAAGGAGACAGGAGACACAAAGGAGGUCCAUGCAGCAGUAACUGUAGUAGCUGACGGCUGUUUCUCAAAGUUCAGGAAGAGCCUGGUAGCUGGGAAGGCCCAGACCUCCUCUCACUUUGUUGGAUGUAUCAUGAAGAACUCUCCCCAGUUCAAGCCCCACCAUGCUGAGCUGGUCCUGGCUAACCCCAGCCCUGUCCUCAUCUACCAGAUCUCCUCCUCAGACACCAGGGUGCUGGUGGACAUCAGGGGAGAGAUGCCCAGGAACCUCACUGAGUACAUGGCUGAGAAAAUACACCCACAACUACCAGAACACCUAAAGGAGCCGUUCAUGGUGGCUCUGCAGAACGACCGGCUGAGGUCUAUGCCAGCAAGCUUCCUGCCUCCGUCCCCAGUCAACAAGCCAGGUGUGCUCCUGCUGGGUGACGCCUACAACAUGAGACACCCUCUGACCGGAGGAGGGAUGAGUGUGGCCCUCAACGACGUCCUGAUCUGGAGGAGCCUGAUGAAGAACAUCCCUGACCUGUACGACAACACAGCCAUGCUCCAGGCAAAGAAAAAAUUCCACUGGGAACGCAAGUCAUCACAUUCCUUUGUAGUGAAUGUGUUGGCUCAAGCCCUGUACGAGUUGUUUGCUGCAACAGACAAGUCUCUGCACCAGCUGAGAAAGGCAUGCUUCCUUUACUUCAAGCUGGGUGGGGAGUGUGUCAACGGUCCCAUUGGUCUUCUCUCAGUGUUGACGCCCCAUCCGAUGACUCUGAUUGGACACUUCUUUGCCGUGGCCUUGUACGCCAUCUACUACAACUUCAAGUCUGAGUCGUGGUUCACCAAACCCCGAGCCUUAUUCACGAGUGGAGCUAUCCUGUACCGCGCCUGUACCGUCAUGUUUCCCCUCAUCUACUCUGAGUUCAAGUACCUGGUGUACUGAGCAGUGAUCUAAUCUGAGCCCUAAACCCAGUGGAACGCACACCAGCCUUAGACAACAGGGUCAUAUUCAUUAGUGCACAAACGUAGCAAAACAUUUUGCAAUGGAAUACGAAGAUGUUCAGGUUGUCUCCUACACUGUUUCUGCCUGUUUUCUUCCAUUUAGGUUCUAGUGAAUACAUUUACUGAGCAGUGCCAUCACUGACCCCUGGUGGAGAACACACACACACACACACCACCAGCCUUAUGGUGACAUGACAUACAAACAGUACAGUGACCUAAAGAUACACUAAGAAAGUGUAGUUAACUGUCAAGUCAAUUUGGCUGUAUGUAUGAUUUAUAUGAAACCACUUAGUUUUAGGCCAACAAUUAUGCUUUUUUGUUGGGUGUGGGGAGGCAUGCCACUUUCUGUCCAAUGAUGUAAUUUCUGGACAAUGUUUCUGUCCAUUUACGCCAGGGAUCCCUUUUGUCUCAAGCACACCCCUAGAGGCAAAAGUUCUGUAUAGCCUCUUUAAUAUUACACCAUCCUAUCAUCACUGUCAACAGGGAUCUUGUACAGGUCUCUAAAGUGACCAUUAUUCAGUGCUGAAGCCUUUGACCUUGAUCAUAUGUCUUUAUCUCUGCCUAAAGGUCUGCCCAAUGACAAGACGUCUUCUGAGGACGAGGUCUAAAUUGACGGUGACAAUUAUUUAGUAAUGCCUUGUAUAUUCAGAAUUUACAUCACAACCAUGCAUUUACGUAGUGUAACAGACAAUGUGUAAGAGGUUUGCGUUAGCAACUCUUAAUUGCAAAUAACCAGCAGGACUGACUACAGGUGUCUGUUUAACCACUUUGCUGCUAAUUGAACAUGAGGACAAAACAUGUCCUUCUUGCUUUGUGUUCUAUCUUCUCUCCAUGCCAAUGGCUCAAAAAACAGUUGGCUGAAAACAGUUGGCUGUUUGUCUACCCUUAUUCCAAACGGUUUCCUUAUUUUGUUCUGAAAAAGCAUGUUCCUUGUGCAUUUGCAAUUAUUUUAACUGUACAUGUACAAUCAAAUGAUUAUGUAUUAAACUGUUUGAUUGGUUCAA